AUGCGCGAGAGGAUAACGCUUAUACACAGUCCCGAGGAGGGCGUGGACCCAGCCGAGCUCGUCUUGGAGCCUGCACGUUUAAAGGCGCCCGCCAUCGGAGCAGCACGUGAGGACCGCCUCACCGCCGCCCUGGAUGAGCUGCCGAGCCAUGUAUCCCUCCUGCUACAGGAUUUCCAGACCUUACAUGCAUUCACCUCCGUCGCGAGCAAGAACAACAAAAAUACGCCACGCGACGCGCACUAUUUCUACCAAAUCCUAGACCAUUCUCACCUUAUCCUCAAAGCAUAUGCUGAUAUCUGCGGUGACGAUGAGGAAUGCCGGGCCCGGGCUCGAGAGCUCAACGACGCCUCGAGCUUGGAAUUCGCCUACGACGCCGAGAAACCAGUCGCCAAGAUCACAGCCUUCUGGCCACUCGAGGAGAGAACCUUGGAUAUCACCUCGAGCGAUGGGCGGAGGACCGAAGUCGGCAUCAUGGCGCGUGGCUCCCCUCCUAGCAUGGAGGAACACGACAUUGGGCUCGGAGGCAUCACCCUUGUUCUUGGUGACUCGAAGCGACCUUCGCCCACGCUGUUCAAAUUCGCUGAACGACAUCGAUCCGCUGAGCAAUUAUUCCAAGCCACCUUUACCCAACCGACUGGAUUGCACCCGGCCAUACGGAUCAGCUUGAGCGGCAGUCAGGCGCCUGCAGAGGAUUGCCGCUCCUACGCCUUCCUGACCCUCCCAAAGACCAUCUUUGCCGACCGAUACCAGUUGCACGACAACUUGUUCAUGGCGUCGAAAAAUCUGACCGCCCUGCGGCACGCUAGCCUUCCAGUAGACCUCGAGGCACCAGCCUAUACAACGGAAACAUGGGGAUCUAACAUUCUCGUCGAGCUCGCCCCUCCAAGUACGACGCAGGAGGAGUGGGCGGUCGAAGUACCACUGCAUCUGAGGUACCUCGAGCCGUCGGCCACCGGUGAGCGGGACAUCCACGUGGCGUACCCAGUGGUUUUCUGGGCAUGCCCUGUAGAGCAAGGCACAAACUUUGCCAUCAACCCCUUUGACAAGGUUGGUCUGGGAUACGAUGACCUCUUCGAUGACGAUACGGUGUACUGGCAUGUCACGCCUCAGCCAGCCAGCGGAGGUGACGGACGGCUGGUGACUAGCAUCACGGUGCCUGUCGUUGACGAGAAAGCGGCUUCUUGGGUUGGUGUUGGUACUGCGGUUGUUGUAGGGCUAGGAUUCCUGUGGGUGCUUUGGCAAUUGGUCCGGGCGCAGACAAACAGCGACCAGGAGGCAAGGGCUGCAAAGGUGGAAAAGAAGAGCCGGUGA